AUGAGUGUGCCAGGUCCUGCCCAGGGGGUGCUGUCUGUCCUGGGUCCGGCCGCCAGCCCGGCCGCCGCUGCCACCGUCAGCCACAUCUGCGGGGACAAGGAGAACCCGCACAUCAAGGUGGGCCCCGAGGACGCCCCCCGCCCCCCCCUGCUGCGCUUCGCCGCCCUCAGCCUGUUCCCCAGCAACGAGGACGUGAGCCGCGCCGUGGGGGGGCUCCUGCGCAGCCUGCACAGCCCCCCCGCCUCGCUCAUCUGCGCGCGCCCCGAGUGUGCGCCUCUGCGGCUGGAGGAGCUGGUGCGGGGGUUCCUGAUCUCGCGGGAGACGCUGUCGGUUCGGGUGCUGGAGGGGGCUCAGGACCCCACCCCCCUGCUCAAGGAGAUCCGCGACGACAAGGUCCCCGUCAUCGUCAUCGACGCCAACGCCUCGGUGGCGCGGCUGGUGCUCAGCAAGGUGGGGGAGGGGGGGCUGGCUGGCAUGACCUCGGCCUUCUACAAGUACAUCCUGACCACCAUGGACUUCCCUCUGCUGCGCCUGGGGGGCGACGCCCCCCGCUCGGUCCUGGGCUUCUCCAUGUUCAACACCAGCCAUCGCUUCUACCCCGAGUUCGUGCGCAGCCUCAACAUGUCGUGGCGCGAGAGCUGCGAGCGCGGCCCCUACCCCGGCCCCGCGCUGUCGGCCGCGCUGCUGUUCGACGCGCUGCACGUGGUGGUCGGCGCCGUGCGCGAGCUCAACCGCAGCCAGGACAUCGGGGCGCGCCCCCUGGGCUGCGGGACCCCCGGCAUCUGGCCCCACGGCACCAGCCUCAUGAACUACCUGCGCAUGGUGGAGUACGAGGGGCUGACGGGGCGCGUGGAAUUCAACAGCAAAGGGCAGCGAACCAACUACAGCCUGAGCGUGCUGGAGGCCGGGCGGGACGGCAGCCGGCAGGUGGGCGUGUGGUUCUCCAACCGCACCCUGGCCAUGGACGCCACCACCUUGACCUUCAACGCCUCGGCCAGCCUGGCCAACCGGACCCUCAUCGUCACCACCAUCCUGGAGAACCCCUACGUGAUGCGCGUGGGGGGCUCCCCGGAGCGCUACGAGGGUUUCUGCGUGGACAUGCUGACCGAACUGGCCGCGCUGCUCAACUUCCGCUUCCAGCUGCGCCUGGUGGGGGAUGGGCUGUACGGGGCCCCCGAGCCCAACGGCUCCUGGACCGGGAUGGUGGGCGAGCUCAUCAACCGGAAAGCCGACCUGGCUGUGGCCGCCUUCACCAUCACGGCCGAGCGCGAGAAGGUCAUCGACUUCUCCAAACCCUUCAUGACGUUGGGGAUCAGCAUCCUCUACCGCGUCCACAUGGGUCGCCGACCCGGGUAUUUCUCCUUCCUGGACCCGUUCUCGCCGGCCGUCUGGUUCUUCAUGCUCUUGGCCUACUUGGCCGUCAGCUGCGUCCUCUUCUUGGCCGCGCGACUGAGCCCCUACGAGUGGUACCACCCCCACCCGUGGCCGCGCGAGCAGCAGCGCCCCCUGCUGGAGAACCAGUUCACGCUGGGGACCAGCCUGUGGCUGCCGGUGGGCGGGUUCAUGCAGCAGGGCUCCGAGGUGCUGCCCCGCGCGCUCUCCACCCGCUGCGUCAGCGGCGUCUGGUGGGCGUUCACCCUCAUCAUCAUCUCGUCCUACACGGCCAACCUGGCGGCGUUCCUGACGGUGCAGCGCAUGGAGGUGCCCGUGGAGUCGGCCGACGACCUGGCCGACCAGACCAACAUCGAGUACGGGACCAUCCACGCCGGCUCCACCAUGACCUUCUUCCAGAACUCGCGCUACCAGACCUACCAGCGCAUGUGGAACUACAUGCAGUCCAAGCAGCCCAGCGUGUUCGUGAAGAGCACGGAGGAGGGCGUCGCGCGCGUCCUCAACUCCAAGUACGCCUUCCUGCUCGAGUCCACCAUGAACGAGUACCACCGGCGCCACAACUGCAACCUCACCCAGAUCGGGGGGCUGCUGGACACCAAGGGCUACGGCAUCGGGAUGCCGCUGGGGUCGCCGUUUCGGGACGAGAUCACCUUGGCCAUCCUGCAGCUGCAGGAGAACAACCGGCUGGAGAUCCUCAAGAGGAAGUGGUGGGAGGGGGGACACUGCCCCAAGGAGGAGGAUCACCGCGCCAAAGGGUUGGGGAUGGAGAACAUCGGCGGCAUCUUCGUGGUGCUGGUGUGCGGGCUGGUGGUCGCCGUCCUGGUGGCCGUCGUGGAGUUCGUCUGGGCCACGCGGCGCUCGGCUGAGAGCCAGGAGGUCCCCGGGGGACCCAGGCGUUCGGGAGGGACCCAGGAGGCCAGGGGCGGGGGGUGUUGGCGGGGAGGGAGGACCCAGGCGUUCGGGAGGGACCCAGGCGUCCGGGAGGGACCCGGGAGUCCGGG